GAGCGCCGGCGCUGCGGUGUGGAAGCGGGCGGGAGCCGGAGCCCUCCGCUCCCUGCCGGGGGGCCGCGGUGCCAGGAAUCCCGGCUUUGUUCUCCGGGCUGGGGUGCGGCGGGGUCUUAACUCCAUUUUCCCCGGCAGGAAACGUCUAGAACCACCCCCACGCUGAGGUCUACAAAGCCCUCUGAGCCCAAGGGCGCUCUCCGGAGGCAGGAGGAUCCCCCACACGCCCAGGCUUACGCCCAGCUCCCGCAUCUGGCCGCCCCCGGCCCCAUGAGGACCCCAGGGCUGGGGCUGGGAGCCCGGCGCAGCCCAGACCGAAAUCUUGCGGCGGCCUCAGAGCGUGAGCGUUAGACAGGAUGCAGCUGGGCCGCCGGGCCCUCUACGCGCUAGUCCUGCUGCUCGCCUGCGCCUCGCUUGGGCUCCUGUACGCCAGCACCCGAGACGCGCAAGGGCUCCCGAAACCCCUGGGGUUGUGGUCGCCUCCUCAAGGUCCCCCCAGGUCCGAGCUGCCAGAUCUUGCCCCUGAACCCCGCUACGCACACAUCCCCGUCAGGAUCAAGGAGCAAGUGGUGAGGCUGUUGACUCAGAACAACUGCAGUUGUGAGUCCAGUGGGGGGCGCCUCACCCUCCCCUUCCAGAGACAGGUUCGAGCCACUGACCUCACCAAAGCCUUUGACCCAGAGGAACUGAGAGCUGUCUCUGCCACCAGGGAGCAGGAAUUCCAAGCGUUCCUUUCAAGGAGCCAAUCCCUGGCUGACCAGCUGCUCAUAGCCCCUGCCAACUCCCCCCUACAGUAUCCCCUACAGGGUGUGGAGGUUCAGCCCCUCAGAAGCAUAUUGGUGCCAGGGCUAAGCCUGCAGGAAGCAUCUAUUCAAGAGGUAUACAAGGUGAACCUGACUGCUUCCCUAGGCACCUGGGAUGUGGCAGGGGAAGUGGAAGGAGUGACUCUUACUGGAGAGGGGCAGCCAGAUCUCAGCCUUGCCAGCCCAGGACUGGAUAAACUCAACCGGCAGCUGCAACUGGUCACUUACAGCAGCCGAAGCUACCAGACCAACACGGCAGACACAGUCUGGUUCUCCACCAAGGGACAUAAAGUUGUCUUCACCAUCCGCAUAAGACAUCCUCCCAACCCCCGGCUGUACCCACCUGCAUAUCUACCCCAGGGAGCCCAUUACAACAUCAGUGCUAUGGUCACCAUUGCCACCAAGACCUUUCUCCGUUAUGAUCGGUUAAGGACACUCAUUGCCAGCAUCCGACGCUUCUACCCUACAGUCACAAUAGUCAUCGCAGACGACAGCGACAAACCAGAGCGCAUUAGCGACCCCCACGUAGAGCACUAUCUCAUGCCUUUUGGCAAGGGCUGGUUCGCAGGUCGGAACCUGGCCGUGUCUCAAGUGACCACCAAGUACGUGCUGUGGGUGGACGAUGACUUUGUCUUCACGGCGCGCACGCGGCUGGAGAAGCUUGUGGACGUGCUAGAGCGGACGCAGCUGGACCUGGUGGGGGGCGCGGUGCGCGAGAUAACAGGCUUUGCCACCACUUACCGGCAGCUGCUGAGCGUGGAACCGGGUGCUCCCGGCCUUGGGAACUGCCUGCGGCAAAAGCGCGGCUUCCACCAUGAGCUAGUUGGCUUCCCAAGCUGCGUGGUCACGGAUGGCGUGGUCAACUUCUUCCUGGCGCGCACGGACAAGGUGCGAGAAGUGGGCUUUGACCCACGCCUCAGCCGCGUGGCACAUCUAGAAUUCUUCCUGGAUGGACUCGGUUCACUUCGUGUUGGCUCCUGCUCCGACAUCAUUGUGGACCAUGCAUCGAAGGUGAAGCUGCCGUGGACAUCAAGGGAUGCUGGGGCAGAGACUUAUGCCCGCUACCGCUACCCAGGAUCACUGGAUGAAAGUCAUGUGGCCAAACACCGCCUGCUCUACUUCAAACACCGGUUACAAUGUAUGACAGCUGAGUGAUGGCUGAUUUGGGCCUUCCCACUGUCAGGCUGGGCCCUGCCUCCUUGUCCCUGUCCAGGAAUUCCCAGCAAACCCCUCUACCCUAUGAACUCUCCUUUCAUGACCCCUGACCUCCUGACCCUCUCCCACCCUUUCAAGCACCUGAUCCCACACAGGGGCUUGUCCUGGUGACACCCCUCCUUUCUGUGAGUGCCCAGAGGCCAGAUGGAGCUGUAACUUCUCCCACAGCCAGUGCCAAGUCCUCCCCCAACCCCAUUCCUAUGGGGCAGGAAAUGGGGGGUUCACUUUCCAAGUGCCAAAGAGCCCAGGAGGACUCUAAGAUCCUCAAGUGGAAACACUCUCAUCUCCUGAGGGGGCAGGGAAGCUCCCAGUGUGCAACCCCAGGGCCAUGCACCCCACCCAGCUCUGGAUCCAGCACCCUGUGCACCGGCUCCAGCCUACCCCCACAGAGAACACUGUGACUCUGCAGUUUUGUGGGGCUGGUGAACACAUGGUGAAAAGCCAUUUUUGCUUG